UGUUAACGCGCUUUCAAUCUGAGCGGACGUAUGGCUGAUCUUUCGUAAAACGUGUUUCGUGUUUUUAGUUUAACUAUACACGUGGCGGAAGAGGUGAAUAUUUUAAUCAAGACUGGCAGUUGAGAGGACAAUUUUUAAAAAUGCACAAUUCCCUGAGGUUGUGCCUCCUUCUGGGAAUCACGUUGAUCAGCGGAAUCGCUGUUGUUUCCGGUAACGAGGACUCAUCCGUCUUCAAGACGGUUCGCAAUAGUAAUGCCGCCAUAUUAAAUCGACUGGGUCUUGUACCGCUGGAAAUUCCAGAUGGUCAUCACAAGAAGAGGUUAGCCGGCCCUGAGCCACCAUCAUCCACAUUUGGUGCACAGUCUCGUAUCCACCAACCUUACAGUCGACGUCACGGACAUCGUGACAGUCACGUUUACAUCGUUAAACUACCAGCGAGUCCACCUUAUUACACCUUUACGAAACCACACAAGAAUGACAAUAAGAGUCAAAAACAACAAAAUACCCUUGCCAAUUCAGUUGGUUUUCACAGUAAUGGUAAGCCGGGGAAAAUUUAUCAUUGGAAUUUACCGUUAAUGAUGAAAAUCGCCGAAAAGAAACGCUAUCAAGCGCAAAUUAAAAUGGAACAAUUAAAGAAGAAAAUCCAAAUGGAAAAUGAUAAAACAAAAAGCGACAGCGAAAUAAUUAAGAUCAAUGGCAAUGAUAUAAAUGCAAUACAAGCAAUCAGCAAUGUUCACACAAGUGUCAAUGAUAUUAUCGAUAGAAAACAUGAUCAUAUGAAAUAUUUUAAUAACGGUAAAUAUUUUCAUUCAUCGACUGAUAAUAGAUUAAUGUACGGAUCGAAGCCAUCAUCAUCGUCAAUGAAUAAUCUACUGCAAAAACACAGUAGGAAUAAUGACAAGAGAUUAAGUUAUCCAAUAAGUCUUGAGGUGGGAUCGAAGAAAAUCAAGGAAGCGGAACAACAGCAGAGUUAUAAAACAAAGAAUAGCACCAAUAAGAUGUUUAGAUUGGCCGACUCGGCAACAUAUCGAGUGGGAGUACACCAUGCGAAUGAUCGUUUCUCAGCUUGGAGCAACAACAAUAACAACAAUAACAAUCUGUCCAAUGAACUUCAUGGUUCGAGGAACACCGCCGACGAACAGAAGCCGAAGAAACACCGGAAGAAGGCGGCCAUGUCAUAUUACGCUCCUUUGAAUCCUAAUAAAUCUGGCUCAACCAGCAUCCACAAAAAUUUCCCCGGCAAUGGAAAACCCAAGGCAUUUUAUGUUAUGGAAAAAAGUCGCAAACCUAUUUAUUAUCAUCAACUUUUGCCUUAAAUUUAUCUUCGAUUAUUGAUUCUAUUCUUUUAAUCACUUUUAUCAUCGUACACGAAAUGAAACUAAAUAUCAAAUUUUAUAAAAGCACAGAAAAUUAAAAGGCAUUAAAAUAAGCUGCAACGCUUCUUAUUUUAAUC